UUUGUAGAAUAUCCCCGAAUGGUUUCCUGACUAAUGUAUCAAUAAUCGUUGUAUCGCCAUAUCGUCAGAUCAUCGUUAUCGUGAGCUUUGUAUUGCAAAUCGUAUCGUAUCGUGAGGUACCAAGAGGUUCCCACUCCUACUCACUGUACCCGGGCCCUGUUCCCAAUUGUUCUGCCACUGCUCAGUUCUAUUUUGUGUUUGUAAAACAUUUUGAAGGAAGUCCUCCAAAAAUAUGUAAUAUUGUGUUUAUGUGUGUUAAAGCUCCCUCUUGCUCUUGUCAGAUCUCAACGUCUGGGUCGGCUCGCUCGCUUUUCCUCGCCAAGUUGACCUGUCAGCGUGUUACGGCAGCUCUCUUAAAUUGCUCGUUAUGUGCUCUCUCAGCGCAAAUUUGGAGCGACUUUUGCGAGGGCGACAGAAGGAGAAGUCGGCGGUGUCGGCGGCAGAUUCAUGAGUCAAUCUGCUGGCAGAGACCUAAGGGAAUAAAAGGAAAGCCCGGUCAAUUAAGAUGAGCGAUUUUAUCGCCGCCCUCGGCCCGUUGAGCCUGAGUUCCGAAGUUACAUUCGGAGUUACAUUCCCUUGGGGCGGAGGUCGCUCAGGCGAUGAGCACGCCGCAGCGCCCUCAGAGACGUUUGUGCAUCGCCUCCCAUCCACGCUCACGGCUGAAAGCGUUCACAAGAGGGCAUGACUGUCAUUUAAAGAUACAGUGGUACCUCUACAUACGAAGUUAAUUGGUUCCAAGACCUUGUUUGUAAGUCGAAAUGAUCAUAUGUCGAGCAGGAUUUUCCCAUAAGAAUACAUUAUACCCAGGAGUGCACAUAAGUGGUCCGCAUGCGCGCAUGCGUACCGGACGUAGACAAACGCGCUGGCCCUCAACGACUUCCAUACGCUUUUGCGUACCGAUGGCUGACCACCGUAUUUGCGACGGACACGAGAAAAUAACUUCUCAAAAUGUCAAAGAGGCAGGCCACACUGAGUAAUUACUUCCGUGUUCCCCCACCCCCGUCAAAAGACAGACGACAGAGACGUCACCGGAGCUACCGAAAAAAUGGACUUUUGCUGAAAAGUAGGAGGUACCAUGGCUAGAAGCAAAUGAUGCUCGCACGGAAAUGCGGUACAAAAUGUGCUGUGAGAAUCCCAAUGUCGCCGAUAAGAGCAGCGCAUUUUAUGUAGGGUCGAAGAAUUUCAGCCAUCCAAACUUUGAAAAGCACGAAAAAAACAGAGAGCAUGUGGCAAUUAAGCAAACUAUCGAUGUCAAACAGGACCCCGCUCACCCUAUGGACAUUGGACAAGUGGCGGAAUAAAGAAUUCAGCAACCAAAGUGAGUUUGAUGAAGCAAUGUGAAAUGCAGUCAGCGAAUCUCUGACUGCUGAUUACAAAAAAUCUUCUAUGAGAACCUGGAAUAGAAGAGGGAGCAGCAGAGACUAGUGGUGAAGCGUCUUUUCCCGCAACCAUCCCUCGUGUGCCCUUCAGGUUGCACUGCCAUGUCUCGCCUUGCCUCACCAGCCUCCCUCCUCUUCCUUGUUCUCCUGUCCUGGGCGCCACCCUGUCAAUCGGAGUCUGAUCGCGACGGGGUGGUCUCGUCCUCCGUGCUGCCAUCCUCCCUGCCUUCCGCCAGAUCGUAUGGAAACAACACAGUGCCGCCCAACGGCAACUGCGACGCUGUUACGGUUUGCAAACCAGGCAUCCUGUUGCCCGUCUGGGAGCCCAACCGGCCUGGCAUCGGGGAACAGAUCUCCCGAGCGCUGGUCUACUUUGUGUCACUCAUGUACAUGUUCCUGGGCGUGUCCAUCAUCGCCGACCGUUUCAUGGCAUCCAUUGAAGUUAUUACGUCACAGGAGAAGGAAGUGACCAUCACCAUGCCAAAUGGAGAAACAUCAGUCGCGACGGUUCGAAUCUGGAAUGAAACAGUGUCUAAUCUGACGCUCAUGGCUCUUGGUUCCAGCGCCCCGGAGAUACUGCUGUCGGUCAUAGAGGUAUGCGGUCAUGAAUUCAAUGCGGGCGAGUUGGGACCAGGAACCAUCGUGGGCAGCGCCGCCUUUAACAUGUUUGUCAUCAUUGGCAUCUGCGUGUGGGUUAUCCCCCAAGGCCAGGUGCGCAAAAUCAAACACCUGCGGGUCUUCUUCAUCACCGCCUUCUGGAGCAUCUUCGCUUACAUCUGGCUCUACCUCAUCCUCUCGGUCAUGUCACCCGGCGAGGUGGAGGUCUGGGAGGCCUUGGUGACCCUUCUCUACUUCCCAGUCUGCGUCCUCCUUGCAUGGAUCGCCGACCGCCGCCUCCUAUUCUACAAGUACAUGGGCAAACGCUACCGUGCCGACAAACGCCACGGUAUUGUCGUGGAGAUGGAAGGAGACCUGACGCCCAACAAGGGCGGUAUGGAGAUGAUUGCAGAUGGCAAACUCCCGCCACGAGGGGGCGUGGUAGUCCCAGCCGAGAACUGCAGCGGAGAUGGCGCGGCGGUCAAUAAUGUGGGUGCUGUGACAGUUCGGUCCACUUCCACGGGUGCUCUGGGGAACCUGCCCAACUCCAAUAGUGCUAUGGUCAACUUUGAGACCAGUCGGGAACUUGAUGAGAGCCGCAAGGAGGUCAUUCGCAUCCUGAAGGAGUUAAAGCAGAAGUAUCCAGAUAAAGAGUUGGACCAACUAAUGGAGCUGGCCAACUACUACGCCCUGUUGCACCAGCAGAAGAGCCGAGCCUUCUACCGCAUACAGGCCACUCGCAUGAUGAUCGGAGCUGGUAACGUCCUAAAGAAGCACGCCGCCGACCACGCCCGCCGUGCCCUGGUCUCCGACGAGGAGGCGCCGGAAGAGGACGACCUUGCCGAGUGCAGCCACAUCUCCUUUGAAAGCGCUCACAGCCAGUGCAUGGAGAACUGCGGUAUACUCACACUGGCUGUCGUAUGCCGAGGGGGAUUGGGAGAGAACACUUUCUACAUUGACUACAGAACCGAGGACGGCUCGGCCAACGCCGGCUCAGAUUAUGAGUACAGCGAAGGAACUCUGGUGUUCAAACCCGGAGAAACCCGCAAGGAGAUUAAGGUUGGCAUUAUCGAUGACGACAUUUUUGAGGAGGAUGAGCACUUCUUCGUGCGACUGCUCAACCUGCGGGUUGGAGACGCCGAGGGCAUGUUUGAAAGUGACGAAGUGGGCGCCGCGCCCAAGGGCCGGCUUGUGGAGCCGCUGGUGGCCACGGUGACCAUUCUGGACGACGACCACGCUGGUAUAUUUACCUUUGGCGAGCGCAUGGUGCGUGUCAGCGAGAGCGUGGGCACCAUGGAGGUGACGGUAGUACGAAACUCAGGCGCUCGGGGCACCGUCAUCCUACCUUACCACACCGAGUCGGGCACGGCUAAGGCAGGGGACGACUACGAGAAUGCUCAGGGAGAGCUGGAGUUCACCAACGACCAGACAACUCAGACGAUCCAGGUGAGGAUUAUCGAUGAUGAAGAAUAUGAGAAACAUGAGAAUUUCUAUAUCGUCUUGGAGGAGCCACGCUGGCUAAAAAGAGGCAUUUCAGCUCUGCUACUUAGCCAAGAGGGGUCCGAAGGCCAAUUGAGCGCCGAGGAGGAGGAGGCCCGGAGGAUUGCUGAGAUGGGCAAACCCAUCCUGGGGGAGCACAGCCGUCUGGAAGUGGUCAUCGAGGAGUCCUAUGAGUUUAAGAGCACUGUCGACAAGCUCAUCAAGAAGACCAACUUGGCGCUGGUCAUUGGCACACACUCCUGGAGGGAGCAGUUUGUUGAAGCUGUCACUGUGAGCGCAGGUGACGACGACGAGGAAGAAGGCCGCGAGGAACAUCUGCCCUCCUGCUACGACUAUGUGAUGCACUUCCUCACCGUCUUCUGGAAGGUUCUGUUUGCCUGCGUGCCGCCCACAGAGUACUGGAACGGUUGGGCCUGCUUCAUGGUCUCCAUCAGCGUCAUCGGCCUGCUUACCGCCAUUAUUGGGGACCUGGCAUCGCACUUUGGCUGCACAGUGGGACUGCGAGACUCAGUGACCGCCGUUGUCUUCGUGGCUCUGGGAACUUCCAUUCCUGACACGUUCGCCAGCAAAGUUGCAGCCGUCCAGGACCAGCACGCCGACGCCUCCGUGGGCAAUGUAACAGGCAGCAACGCCGUCAACGUCUUUUUGGGGAUCGGCGUGGCAUGGUCGGUGGCUGCCAUCUACUGGAAGAUCAAGGGGAAAAGGUUUAUGGUGAAACCGGGUUCACUAGCCUUCUCUGUGACUCUCUUCACCAUCUUCGCAUUCGUCUGCAUGGCCGUGCUGCUGUUCCGACGCCGACCUUCCAUCGGUGGCGAGCUGGGGGGCUCUCGAUUGUCCCGCGUUCUCACCAGCCUGCUCUUCCUGGGCCUGUGGUUUCUUUACAUUCUCUUCUCCAGCCUGGAAGCCUACUGCCACAUACCGGGCUUCUAAACAGGAGAUGGAUACAGUACACGUUAACAUGCUGGCCAGGUGUAGAGCAGGGGUUCUCAAACAUUGUUGGUCCAGGAACCCCUUACAGAGAGCAAUUCAACAUGCAUCAAACAUAAUUGCCCAGACGCAGUAGGAGUGACAUGUAUUUUGUUAGGCCAAGACACCCUAAUCUCACAGGAAGAUUGCAUUUUUCGAGGAUAAAUUCAUAAUACAUGUUAAUCCAUUAUUCUAGUUUACCGAGUCAUAUCAAGUAAAAUUUACAAAAAGACAACUUGACUCUCAUAAUACAUUGGUACCUCUGGAUACCAAAGUUUCGAUAAACGAAAAAAUUCGUUUUGAGAAAAGCUUUUUUGCUUCAUAUUAUGAAAAAUGUUCAUCAUACGAAAGUAAUGAUGUACUGUAAUAGACAGUUCCUGCUCGCAGCAUUGUAAUAAUGUAGCUUUGUUUGACUAUGAAUGCAAACAAAUUAAAUAUAAAAAUGUGUAACACAAUGCCCAUAUACAGUAUAUGAAACAAAAUAAUUUUUAAAGACACAAACAGCGAGAUGAAAUAGCAAACAAGGGCUGCUGAAGUCGUCUUUUAGCACUCAGUGUUUGCCUUGACCUCCUGUAGUAAUGUGAUAACAUCUGUAGAGUGAGCCUAGCAAACUAGUUACACAUAAGCGCCACUAGGGGUCGACAAAGCAUUAUGAAUAAAGGCAGUCAAUCAGAGGACAUGACAGCAAAUUUAACAUAAUGCUUGGAAUGAAUUAGUCGAUUUACAAAAUGUGAAAACGCAUUUAACGAAAAAUUCCUGAUAAGAAAGCCACCUUGGAACAAAAUCAUUUUGUAUCUCGAAGCACUGCUGUAUCUAAAUUUGGCUCCUACAUUAAAAAAAGAAAAUCUGAAAAUUUUAUUGUCAAAUAUCCAAUUGAAAAAAAAAAAGACUUCAGUCCUUUAUGCAUACAUUUUUUUGUCUUUGGAGUGAAAAAAAUUACAUGUGCAAAGACAUCAGUUGUGUUAUGACUAUUAGUGCAAUCGAAAGGGACCAGUUGGUUCCUGUAGUGCUGGUGACGCCUGGUAGUUGAGACAGACACAAUUAUUUUUGUCUGAUUUUAUCAUUCUUUCACUCAAUUUAAAGCCAUUUCUUCACCAAUUGCUUAAGAAAUAUAAUCUCGUUCUUCCUUAUCGCAAUUCAUGCAAUUCAUCGUCUCUGAAUAAAGCUGGACAAACAGACAGAAAUACUGUAUAUUAUGAUUCGUCAAUAUCAAAUAUGAUCUUUUAAUUGGCCUGGCUUCAUAGUUUUGUCUUAUUCGAUACACGGCCCUAUAUUUUUUUGAUCAAAUCAACUUUAUUGCAACUCAUUUUGUGGACCCUGAACUACAGCUCGUGGACACCUGGGUACCAGGACCCUGAGUGUGAGAGCCACUGCUCGAGAGGGCUUUUUGAUAAACACACAAAAACAUAGACACACAUAUGACAUUUCUGCAUGUAUAACGUGUCAGCGAGCAAAUCAGAGAGCAAAAGGAAGUGUUUGGACGUCAAUGAAUGUAACAUGAAUGCAAAGGAAGCUGGUAUGGACGAAAAAAUCCAUUGGCAGAGGCAAAACGGAGUGGAAUGUUUACAAUGACUUUGUUAAGUGUUUACACGGAUUAAAGGACACAUCGGAAGGAAGGCACUUUUAAAUAGAACUGCUGUACAUAUCCAGAAUGAGACAGACCCUCCUCCCCGCCCAGUGAACUUCUCAGGAGGAAUCAAUUGUCGCUCUAGGCUUGGCCGUCAUCCUGCACGGUUUCGAACUUUCCAUGAUAGCCAUAUCCACCCUGGGACAGGGAUGAGGAUUUGUUUUUGUUUUGUUUUUAGACAGGUGCGGCAACAUCACCUCAUUUGUGGAAGUAGAAUCACACUGUGAAAACAGCUAUCAUUUUGUGUUUUUACAUGUGUUUUAGCUAAGGUUUCUAGACUAAUGUUUCUCAAAGUGUUGUCAGUGGUGGCCUUCCCAAAAUUAUUCUGAGUGGUUGCGGUUCAUGGGUAAUUUAGGCCUUGUUGAGACUGGCAGCCAAAAUCCAAUAUUUAGCCCAUCCAGCUUUUGUGGUUUGAACAGUAACAAAUCGCACAUCUGAUUCCAAUAGGAUUACUCCUCACAUCUGAUUUUUAGGGCUGACUGGUCACACUAUUUCUAUCAAGUGUUCAAAUCAGAUCUGGGCCUGUUCAGACUGGGCCAAAUUAUUGACACACCUGACAGGUUGCUGUGGCAACAAAUGCGCCGUCCAGCAUAGAGUAAUAUCACAGAAAGUCAAAUCUUAGCUCUUCAGACUGCAAAGCAUCGUGUACAUAUCUGAUAUGAAACUACUACAGUAAUGAUUGAGGGAUCACUGGCUACGUUCAUACUGCAGGUCUUAAUGCACAAGUUCGAUUUUUUGUCAUAUCUGUUUUUUUGGCAUGCCCGUUCAGACUGCUUUUCUCCAUUGAGAACGUUCAAGUACUACGCAUGCACACUAAUUUGCAGUCCGGCACGCGCUGAGCAAGAAGACCCUCAUGCGCAGAAGCAUCAAAACAAAUUACUACACAUGCUGGCUGUCAUUCGUCAUGCCAGGGCAAUUAUGUUUUGAUUCGCAGAAAGAGGACACAAAUAACAGAUAUAAAUAAUCCCUGUUUAGGCUUCUGUGGAUCGAUAGCAAACACGCACUGUACGUGCAUGUCACACACACAUUUGGGGAGUUUGCCCCAACUCUCGGCCGUGUAAGCAAUCUUGAAAUAUUGCUCACAUAGAGCAGAGAGAAAACCGAUCAUUCUCAGGCUUAUCCUCAAGCUUUUUUUUUUUUUUUUAAUGACUGUUGCCAAGCCCGACCCUUCCCCAAAAGCCGUGUUCAAGGCAAGCUAGGCGCUAACGGACAGCUGCACCACUACCGUAGCGCGCCGUCUCUCUCGCUCUUUGACAGUGUUGGGCACGUUACUUUAAAAACGUAAUUAGUUAGUUACUCACUACUUCUUCCAAAAAGUAAUUGAGUUAGUAACUGAAUUACUCUAUAGUAAAGGUAACUAGUUACUAGGGAAAGUAACUAUUUCCGUUACUUUAAAAAGAAGUUAUUGUAUGUCAAAAAAUUUGAAAUUUUCUGAGCAGUAUUCGAGUCAGUUGAAUAGAGAAGAACAGACAGGUAGUUGUUUUAUAGAACCUUGUAAUAUUUAUUGCACCUCACCAGCAACAGAUUUAUCCUACACUUGAAGUGCAACAAAAAUAAACAGUAAACAAUAUAAUAAAAUAACAAUCAGCAGUAAACAAUAUAAAGUGACUUUAAAAAAUUAAAUCUAACUCUCACAACCUGAGACAACUGGUCAAAGAGACAUAGCAUACUGUACUUCAAGUAUUUUGACUUCUCCACCUCGUAAAGGACAAAUUUUCCUCUGAAUGCUCAGCCAUCAUAUCCCUCCCCUCUGCAUCUGUUUUGCGUGUGUGUGUUUGCCGCACGUGCUGUUCCGGUUUGUGUGUGAAAACACCGGCUCUGAUUGGCUUGCCAUGACACAUGACUCUAACCCUCAGCCAAUCACAAUCACUUCCAUCGCAUCUAUCCAGGGGGUGCAUUCAGGUAGCCUCGUUCCCCUACUCCUCCCGUCACCCUCAAAGCGUCUGCCGUCCUCAAGAUGGAAGCAGCAUUCUUGCUGGCUGACAGUAGGGGAUGGGAAGGAGGCUAGCAUACAGGUGUAGCAAGCACAGAAACGUUAGCAACCUUUGGAAAGCAUUGUCUAAUUGAAUGAGCAGGGACAAACACCCUGGAGUCAUAAGAAGUACUGUACGUGCUGUAAUAUUCUGAUACAGAAUUAUCCAAAGCACUCUAAAGUGCACAUGGCGCCAAUAUUGUUUUGCUCACAUGAUGCGGGAGUGAGUUAGAGACACGGCCUACCAAGAGCCGUACGUUUGUGUUAAUGUUGAAGUUAAACAUGCUAUUAAAGAAACAGAGUGCCUGCACGUCCUGUGUGGUAUAUCUUUGCAAAGAAAAAGCAAAAAAACAAAACACGUGCGCUAUUCUCGAACCUGAACACACCCCAAGUCUUGGAUGACAAAUAAACAGAGCAGAGCAGACUCGCUACGGCUGGUAGUUUCUUCAAUUUAUUCAGAUUAAGUAACGCACCGUUUUUGACCGUCAUUAACGGUAACGGCAUUGUAACGGCGGAAAAAAAAAAAUUAGUUAGAUUACCACCUUACUGAAAAAAUAACGCCGUGAUGUAACGGUGUUAUUUAUAACGGUGUUAUUCCCAACACUGCUCUUUGAUUACGUAAUUGCUGCAUGAAUUCCGAUUUGGGAGACUUGCCAGUUCAGACCGCCGUGACGUUCUGGAAAAAUGUGGCCCAGAUCGGAUUUAAACCACAUACGAAAGUGACCUAGAUCGGAUUUGAAAUGGUCCACUUCUAUGCGACUUGUCCCGUUCAGACCGUCAAGUUAAUGCCUCACUAGAGUCGGAAAACUACUAAAAAAUCGGAUUCGUGCAUUAAGACCUGCAGUACGAACAUAGCCACUGUAAAAAAAAAAAAAACCUGUAAAGAAAAUUGAGGGUUGGAAGUUCCAAGGCCCCACUAUAACUGUUAGCUGAUAGCAGGCAUGUCGGGCAGUUGGUUGUCGGGUUUUAAUUUAUGAAGAAAUGGUCUAAUUCCUGAAAGACUUGGAGAAACACUGAUCUAGACGUACGUAACUACUCCAGCACAAAUCUUAUUUCUUUAUCUACUAGGUAGUGCAUGGGUGAUUAUUUGGCAUAUAUAGCCAGGGAAUUUUUUGACACGGUGUACAUCUUGGCAGUGUGAUCUUUGCCUCUACACUUCUCAGUGCUACCAUACCAUCCAUACAAUGCCUUAAUAAUGAAAGCACCCAGUCUUUGUAAAGCCAGUUUCUAUCGGGUUUCUGUAAUUGUACUGCACUUGGGAUUCAUGAAAAAUUGAUUUCGGGCAACAGCUUGCUGAGCUAGGGUGGCAUGUUUGUAUCGGUAUGUGAUCUCAUGGACCAAGUAAACAUCCUUUCAGCAGCAGGUGCUGCAUUGCCAUUUCCCUGUGUAAAUCAGAUCUAAUACCUGUAGUGCUAGUAUUAGGUUUUUUUGUUUGUUUUGUUUUGUUUUUUAGUCACUGGAUUCAGGUAUCUGUAAUAUAUGGGGCACCGUUUGUAAAGCAGCACAUGCGGAAAAUUACGACAACAUUUUCUCACAUUUAGUGCCACACAGUGUUUAAAAUAGUGUGAAAUUUUUAGAGUCACUUUUAUUUGCACCUUUACAACAUUAUUUAGCAACUUAAAUAUUCAUUUUUAAAUAAGUUUUGGACCUGAUUCUUUAAAUCCAGAACUAAAUAUUUAAUUUAAAUGUUAAAAUUUAUAUCCUAUAUCCUA